GUUUGUUAAAUAAAUAAGAGUUAGUGUAAAAAAAAAAUUCAUCACUUCUUUUUACUAAUACAAAUAAACUUUGCACUACUUAAAAAAUAAUUAAGCAUUCCCAAAUGUUCAAAAUUAAUUGUCAUCAAUAGCUGAAGUUAAAUGAACAAUUUGAUAUUAAAGUUCUAAGAUUUUUUAAUUGCGCAUGUCAGCCACACCAACAAUUAACAUUGAUACAAACUCUGGAAAUUUUUCUGGUGAUACCGAUCAAGAAGAUAGCAUUAUAUUAACACAACUUAAUGGAGUCGAUUUUGUUAUGAAUUUAUCUCCUAAACCAUUAGUAUCGAAGGCAAUUUCUCAACAUCAUCAAAUUGAGGAACACUUACUUAAGCAAAAUAUUUCAGUAGCAACUACAACAGAUGCUGCCUCAGCAGCGGCAGUUGCAGUGGCACACCACAACAACUUAUCAAAUAUUCACCAUUUUCAAAAUUUACAUAAUCAACACAGUACUUUGUUUAAUAGCAACCAUUCUACCCCCUUCAGUGUAACAGAUAUUUUGAAUCCAAUAGAGGAGUCAUAUCGGAAACUGGAUCUAAACCCAAACCCCCCAUCACCUUAUAGAUCAACUUCAAGUGGGAGCAGUAUAAAUUCACCUGGAGCUUUAGGACCAACAACAAUGGCCAAUCCAUAUGCAAUGGGUUCAUUAUACCAUAGUCCAGGAGUACAAAGUUAUUGCGGACCGACAGAUAACUUAUCGCUAGCUGGUCAUUAUACAGACAUGCGCAGUUCUGCAACCUGGUAUGGUUCGACUGCAAAUGACCCAAGAUUUGCAAUUUCCAGAUUAAUGGGAGGUUCAGCGAAUAGUUCAAUGAGCCAUAUGGGCAACAUGGGUGGCCUUGCAACAUGUAGUGUAACAGAUGCUAAACCCUUACAAUUUCCUUUAACACAGAGAAGAAAAAGGCGAGUCUUAUUUACGCAAGCUCAAGUUUAUGAAUUGGAAAGACGAUUUAAGCAGCAGAGAUAUCUUUCAGCUCCUGAAAGAGAACACUUAGCUAGCCUUAUACAUUUAACUCCAACGCAAGUAAAAAUUUGGUUUCAAAAUCACAGAUAUAAAUGUAAGAGACAGGCUAAAGAAAAAGCAAUGGCAGAGCAAAAUCAACAAAAUCAGUCUGCAAGUUCACCACGAAGAGUGGCUGUGCCAGUAUUAGUUAAGGAUGGAAAACCGUGUUCUAGUAACAAUAAUGCAACUCAGUCGCAAUCACAACAAAUUAAUGGUAGUAGCACAAUAAGCAAUGGAGGUAAUAAUAGUAGUAACGGCACAACAAAUAAUGGCAAUUCUUCAGUUAGUAAUGGUGUCACUAGUGGGUUAAAUUUAUUAACGGCAGAAACUCCAAACUCACAUUCUCCUGACACAUCGUCUUCAAUACUGGCUUCUUACAAUGGAUCAGUAUCAGCACACAAUGCUCAAAUGCUGCAACAACCCUGCAAUAGUUCACUUAUGUCUAAUAGUUUAGCAAUGGCGUAUAGGAAUCAAAACAAUUUUAUGUCAAAUGGUCAUCAACAACAAUGCGGAAGUUACCUCCCUUUGCAAGGCAGAGCAUGGUAAACGAAAAAGAAUCUUAACUCUGUCGGUUCUGAUUGUACUCGCCUCUAUAAAUAUAUUCAAAAGUUUAUUAUUUAUUUAUUAAAUAUUUAAUUAUUAUAAA